GUGUGUGAGUGUGUGUGUAUGCAUAGAUCAUCUGACUUGUAUGACUCUACAUCGGAUGAUCCCGAGAAGCGACCAUUUGCUGUUACCCAGAGUGACUUACACAGCAUACAUUCUUUAAGUACAAUUGAAUUACAUAGCGACAUUCUGUGGUUUCAAUGCCCCUUACUAGUGCAUUGGGAAAAGUUCUCAAAUCUAAAUCCAGUACUGUGUGAUGUGACUCCAAACAAAACUGGAGUUCUGCCGUUUAGGUAGAGUUGAGUGGAGUGGUGACAGCAGUGGUGUGACAGAGGGCAAAUAGAUAUAAAUAUUACCCCUUUAGCAUGGAAGGCCUGGCACAGAACUAAUUGUGUUUGUCAGGUGACGAUGCUAAAGACAGAAAGAGAGCAUAAGAGAGAGAGAGAGUUAGGGAGAAAGAAUGUAGAAAUGUGAUGAAAAUAGUACAGGAAGUCAUUUGUUGAUUUGGAAGAAUGACCAAGCAAGAAUGAGAAACUGGAGUGUGCUGGCAGUGACAGCCAGAAAAAACAGCAGACAGAAGAGAGAGAGAGAGCGAGUGAGAGAGGAAGAGGGAGAGAACAAGGGGAAAAAAAGAAGUUUCCUAGCUCUUUUGCCUCCUUAUAUGGUAAAAGCAUGGACGGGAUACUGAGCCCCGCGCUGCCCUAGCGCUGCACAUUGAGUCAGCUGCAGCCCGCGGAGCUGCUGUCCGUAGCGCUCGAGGCAGAGGGGGACCGAGGGGACACACACGCAGGGGGCCCGUCACCCUGCUGGCUGGCCUCGCUGGGUCGGACUCGCGGGUGCGACCGCCAGGGCUUAGCCGCGCAGGGAGACACAGGAGAGCUGCGCCGCGUGCGAGCAGAAAGAAUCUUCCGAGAGCCAAGAUGGCGGAACGGUAUGACUGCCACUACUGCAAGGAGUCCCUGUUUGGGAGCAAGUACGUUCUGCGGGAGGAGAACCCGUACUGCGUCACGUGCUACGAGAACCUCUACUCCUACACCUGCGAGGAGUGCAAGAAGCCCAUUGGCUGCAACUGCAGGGACCUGUCCUAUAAGGAUCGCCACUGGCACGAGGAGUGCUUCCACUGCUUCAAAUGCCAGCAGCCCCUGGUGGACAUGCCUUUCUCCACCAAGGACGACCAGGUGCUGUGCACUGAAUGCUAUUCCAACGAGUACUCCUCCAAAUGCCACGACUGCAAGAAGGCCAUCAUGCCAGGUUCCAGGAAGAUGGAGCACAAGGGAAACAGCUGGCAUGAGACCUGCUUCAGCUGCCAACGCUGCCAGCAACCAAUCGGCACCAAGACUUUCAUCCCCAAGGACAAUUUCAACUAUUGUGUGCCGUGCUACGAGAAGCAGUUCGCCAUGCAGUGUGUGCACUGCAAGAAGCCAAUCACCACUGGAGGAGUGACCUACCGUGAGCAGCCGUGGCACCGGGAGUGCUUCGUCUGCACCGGCUGCAAGCAGCAGCUGUCCGGCCAGCGCUUCACCUCCCGCGACGACUUCGUCUACUGCCUCAACUGCUUCUGCAACCUGCACUCCAAGAAGUGCACCUCUUGCUCCACCCCCAUCGGCGGGCUGGGCGGGAGCAAGUACAUCUCGUUCGAGGAGCGACAUUGGCACAACGACUGCUUCAACUGCAAGAAGUGUGCCAUGUCACUGAUUGGGCGUGGCUUCCUGACUGACAGGGAUGACAUCCUGUGUCCUGAAUGUGGGAAAGACAUAUAAGGAGUACAUUCCCUAUCUGGGACCAACUGAGAGCACACAUUAGCAUGGAUGGAAUUUUAAAGCCAAAGCCAAUAUCAAAAAGCUGUUCCCACUAACCAAUUAUAUUAUGGCAGUGAACCAUGUAUCAUUUUUUAAGAAUAAGGUUUGCGUCUUCAUGAAGCUUCAAUGCUGAUGGCUGUCUGCAUGCAUGGCUAAGAUGUAUUUGAGGUGUUAAUCAUGAAUCAAACAUAUGAUAUAAAAUGUAUGGAAAGAUGGAAUUUAAUAGUUUUAACAAGUAAAAUGUUCUGGGUGUCAUUUAUGAAGGAUCAAAAAAGCUCAUAUAUGCCCAGUUUCACAUGAACAAUAUUUUAUUAUGUGAACUAACUCACAUUGUGACUAACAUCAUAAGAGGUAAUGUAUCUGUAUUUUAAAUAUCAACAUUUUAACAAUAAACAAUCCUCGACAGUC